UAUUACUUAACACAAUAUUAUUGAUGCAAAGUUCAUGCAGGACCAUCUAUUUUUGGCACAUGAAAGUGGACAAACAAUUCAGCUCUUUUCCCCCAAAGAAUACAUUGAAUGGAAAUUAGUCAGAAUAAACGGACCACGGUACAUUCAUGGUGAAAACAUUCGACUUACCUCAUUUUCCGGUCUACCCUGUGCCCUAUGAAAAUUUCGAUCAACGCCACUGCACCUCCUUUUUUAAUGAGAUUGCCUUAGGGCGCCUAGGCCGGACCUGCAACAUUUAUGGCAACGUCGCAAAACUGAAAACUGACGAGUGACGACUGUCACGACAGUGGUGUUGACAUUAAAUUUCUAACUACUUUAACCUCAAAAAAAUCUAGAAAGAAAUGAAAUGAGUACAAAAUCAAAAUGGACAAACUUCGACUCUUCGAGGUGAUACCUUGAUCGAGAUUGCUGGUCAACUUGUUGAAAUGGCCUCUUGGCAUAAUUCUAAGGAAUUUAUCACAAAUCAGAACUAACAACAACUUUUAUAGUACCUAUUCCGACCUACCUGGUAAAAAUGAUAUUUCCAGAAAAUCAGGAAAUUAGAUAUUUCAUCCAUAACCAUUUCAAAUCGGCUAAAUACCAAUCCAAAGCAAAAACGAAGAAUUAUAUCCAAAUGAAAUAAUUAUCCUUGUCAAAAACAUUGAACUUGAUCCUUGAUAGCCGGCGCCAACAGAUUAACAGAAACAGUUCAACAGUUGACAGGAUUCUGACUGCUGUUUUGAUUCUUGUCCGCGACAUUGUGCCUUUUUCUGUUGAUUUUCCGAAAUUCUCCGCAAUUUCUUGAAAUGGGUGAUGCUGAGGAAAGUGUACCUUGUUAUUUAAUACUGGAGGAUGAUACAAUUCUGAAGGGAUACUCUUUUGGAGCAAAAAAACCAAUAGACGGCGAAAUAGUUUUCCAAACUGGUAUGGUUGGCUAUCCAGAAUCAUUGACAGAUCCCAGUUAUCAUUCUCAAAUUCUCAUCCUCACAUAUCCCAUCAUUGGAAACUAUGGAGUUCCUGCUGAAACUAUUGAUGAACAUGGCUUGCCUUAUUUUUUCGAAUCAAACCAGAUCUGGGCAUCUGCCUUGGUUGUGGGGGAACAUUGCGACUUUCCAAGCCACUGGCGUAAUGCUCGCACCCUAUCCUCCUGGAUGAAAGAGCAAAAUAUUCCCGGAAUACAGGGCGUCGAUACUAGGCAGCUAACGAAAAUAAUACGUGAAAGAGGCACGAUGCUGGGAAGAAUCGUUUACAGCUUACCACUCCCCUUGGGUGUUCAAAUUCAAGAUCCGAACACUGCAAAUUUAGUUGCUGAAGUAUCCAUCAAGAAACCAUUAACCUACAACUCGAAUGGAAAUCCAAGGAUCUGUGCAGUCGACUGUGGCUUGAAAUAUAAUCAAAUUAGAUGUCUUGUUAACAGGGGAGCUAGAGUUGAUGUGGUACCAUGGAACCACAAACUCGAUAUUGGCGAAUAUGAUGGCCUUUUCCUCAGUAACGGACCUGGUAACCCAGAAAUGUGUAAAGAAACUAUCACUAACAUCAAAUCAGUUCUAAACAGUGGCCAGGUCAAACCAAUAUUUGGUAUUUGCUUAGGACAUCAACUUCUUUCCAUGUCCAUAGGCUGUACCAGUUACAAAAUGAGGUAUGGUAAUCGAGGCCAUAAUCAACCAUGCAUUCACCAUGACACAGGUAGAUGUUACAUGACCUCUCAAAACCAUGGUUUUGCCAUAGAUGUCAAAUCAUUGCCUCAAGAUUGGAAGCCUUUAUUCACGAACGCCAAUGAUAACACGAAUGAAGGUAUAGUCCACUCCAGCCUUCCCUAUUUCAGCGUUCAAUUUCAUCCAGAACACAAUGCUGGGCCUCAAGAUCUAGAAGUCCUAUUCGACGUUUUCUUGAACGUUAUUAAAAACUACACAAAUACUCAUAUCAAUGCUAAAGAUUGUCUCGCAGAAACUUUGAAGUACCAAAUACAAAAACCUAUAAAUUUCUCCGUGCCAAAAAAGAUUCUUAUAAUAGGCUCAGGAGGUCUGUCUAUUGGCCAAGCGGGAGAAUUCGACUACUCUGGUUCACAAGCCAUCAAAGCAUUGAAAGAGGAAAACAUCCAAACAGUCCUCAUCAACCCCAAUAUAGCAACCGUCCAAACUUCCAAAGGACUGGCCGAUAAAGUAUAUUUCCUACCUUUAGUACCAACUUAUGUAGAACAAGUCAUUCGCUCAGAAAGACCAGGAGGGGUACUCUUAACUUUCGGUGGUCAAACGGGCUUAAACUGCGGAGUAGAGCUAGAAAGGCAAGGUGUGUUCGAGAAGUAUGGGUGCAAGAUAUUGGGUACCCCGAUUCAAGCCAUUAUUGAUACAGAAGAUCGCAAAAUAUUCAGUGAAAGAGUAGCCGAGAUCGGGGAGAAGGUUGCUCCAAGUAUGGCCGCUCAUUCUGUCCAAGAGGCGAUAGAAGCAGCUGAGCAAUUGGGAUAUCCUGUAAUGGCCAGGGCUGCUUUCUCAUUGGGAGGUUUAGGUUCAGGCUUUGCUAACUGCCAAGAAGAGUUGAAAGCACUAGCUCUGCAAGCUUUAGCCCACUCCAGUCAGUUGAUCAUCGACAAAUCUUUGAGAGGUUGGAAGGAGGUCGAGUAUGAGGUUGUAAGGGAUGCAUUUGAUAAUUGCAUCACGGUUUGUAAUAUGGAGAACGUGGAUCCUCUUGGUAUCCACACUGGAGAGUCUAUAGUAGUAGCGCCAAGUCAGACUUUGAGUAAUAAAGAAUAUAAUAUGCUUAGAACUACUGCUAUUAAAGUUAUCAGGCAUUUUGGGAUUGUCGGGGAGUGUAACAUUCAGUAUGCUUUGAAUCCACACUCUGAAGAGUAUUAUAUUAUAGAAGUUAAUGCCAGGUUGUCAAGAAGCUCAGCUUUGGCCAGCAAAGCUACUGGUUAUCCCUUAGCUUAUGUUGCAGCCAAGCUUGCUUUAGGAAUUCCCUUACCUGAAAUCAAAAACUCAGUUACUGGUGUCACUACUGCUUGUUUUGAACCGAGCUUGGACUAUUGCGUGGUGAAGAUUCCAAGGUGGGACUUGCACAAAUUUUCUAGAGUGAGCACCAAAAUCGGUAGCUCUAUGAAGAGUGUUGGAGAAGUGAUGGCAAUCGGCAGGAAAUUCGAGGAAGCUUUUCAGAAAGCUCUUAGAAUGGUCGACGAGAAUGUGGAAGGUUUUGAUCCCUAUCUUAAACCAGUCGAUGAUGAAGAACUCAAAGAACCUACUGAUAAAAGAAUGUUUGUGCUGGCAGCAGCAUUGAAAAAGGGCUACACUAUCGACAAACUAUAUGACCUUACUAAAAUAGAUAAAUGGUUCUUACAGAAAAUGAACAAUAUCAUCAACUAUCUCACAAUACUAGAGUCUUUCGACCAAAACACUGUUACAUGCAAUAGUCUACUCCAAGCCAAGCAAAUGGGUUUCUCUGAUAAACAAAUAGCUUCAGCCCUCAAAAGUACCGAGUUAGCGAUCCGCAAACAAAGAGAAGAUUUUGACAUAACACCUUUCGUGAAACAAAUUGAUACAGUAGCUGCUGAAUGGCCUGCAACCACAAACUACCUGUAUAUAACCUAUAAUGCUUCUUCUCACGAUAUUGAAUUCAACGAAGAACAUACUAUGGUGAUAGGAUCAGGAGUAUAUAGAAUUGGUAGUUCAGUGGAGUUUGAUUGGUGUGCUGUAGGAUGUCUCAGAGAGCUAAGGAGACUGAAUAGAAAAACGAUAAUGGUAAACUAUAACCCCGAGACUGUUAGUACCGAUUAUGACAUGUCAGAUAGAUUGUACUUUGAAGAAAUCUCCUUCGAAGUUGUAAUGGACAUCUACAACAUUGAAAACCCUUGCGGCAUUAUAUUAUCUAUGGGUGGUCAGUUGCCUAAUAAUAUCGCAAUAGAUUUGCAUAGACAACAAGCUAGAAUACUUGGGACAUCACCCGAUUCCAUCGAUGGGGCUGAAAACAGGUUCAAAUUUUCACGAAUGCUCGAUAGAAUAGGUAUCCUGCAGCCUAGAUGGAAAGAGUUGACUAACCUAAAAUCCGCCAUCCAGUUUUGUGAAGAAGCAGGUUAUCCUUGCUUAGUAAGACCGUCAUACGUGCUGAGCGGAGCUGCAAUGAACGUAGCACAUUCAAACCAAGACCUGGAGACAUACCUCAACGCAGCCAGUGAUGUCAGUAAAGAACAUCCUGUUGUGAUCACCAAGUUCUUAUUGGAGAGUAAAGAGAUAGAUGUAGAUGCAGUUGCUUGUGAUGGCGUGAUACUUUGCAUGGCCGUCUCUGAGCAUGUGGAAAAUGCUGGAGUCCAUUCAGGAGAUGCCACUUUGGUCACUCCUCCACAGGACAUCAACUCUGAGACUCUGACGAAGAUAAAACAUAUAGUAAAGUCGAUAGCUGCUUCGCUAGAAGUCACUGGACCUUUCAACAUGCAGCUGAUAGCCAAGGACAACGACCUCAAGGUCAUAGAAUGCAACGUCAGGGUGUCGAGAUCGUUUCCUUUCGUCUCCAAAACGUUGGACCACGAUUUCGUCGCUAUGGCAACGCGGGUUAUCGUCGGGGAACCUGUAGAUCCAGUGGAUGUUUUGCACGGUUGCGGGAAAGUGGGAGUGAAGGUACCGCAGUUUUCUUUCUCGAGAUUGGCUGGGGCAGAUUUCAUGUUGGGGGUGGAGAUGGCUUCUACAGGAGAGGUGGCGUGCUUCGGGGAUAAUCGGUAUGAGGCUUAUCUCAAGGCCAUGAUGAGUACUGGGUUCAGCAUUCCAAAGAACUCGAUUUUGCUCUCCAUCGGGAGUUUUAAGCAUAAAAUGGAACUGCUGCCAAGUAUGAGGUCCCUGAGGAAGAUGGGUUACAAAUUGUAUGCUAGUUUGGGAACAGCAGAUUUUUACAAUGAACAUGGAGUUGAUGUUGAAUCUGUCCAAUGGACUUUCGAUAGCAUCGAUGACAUCACAAGCCAAGGAGAACUGAGACCGCUGGCCGAGUUCUUGUCGAAGAAACAGUUCGAUUUGGUCAUCAACUUGCCGAUGAGGAACGGAGGAGCCAGAAGAGUGUCCUCUUUCAUGACACACGGUUACAGGACAAGAAGACUAGCUAUCGAUUAUUCCAUUCCCUUGGUGACAGACGUCAAAUGCGCCAAAUUAUUGGUUGAGGCCCUCCGUCUGAUCGGCAAAGCGCCGCCCAUGAAGACGCACACCGACUGCAUGAGUUCGCGGCGCAUCGUCAAGCUGCCCGGCUUCGUCGACACGCACGUGCACGUCAGAGAGCCGGGGGCCGCCCACAAAGAGGACUACGCCAGCUGCACGGCGGCUGCCCUCGCUGGCGGGGUCACCCUGAUUUGCGCCAUGCCCAACACGGACCCCGCCGUGGUGGACGAGGAGGCGUUCGUGCUGGUGAAGCGGCUGGCGAAGGAGGGGGCGAGGUGCGACUACGCCAUCUACGUGGGUGCCUCUUCCGACAACUACUCGACCAUCUCAGACUUCGCCUCCGAGGCCGCCGCCCUGAAGAUGUAUCUGAACGAAACGUUCACCACCCUCCGCCUGAAGGACUUGGACGUGUGGGCCAAACAUCUGGCCAACUGGCCCAAAAGGGCGCCGUUGUGCGUGCAUGCCGAGAGUCAGACGACGGCCGCCAUCAUUUUGUUGUCUAGCUUGCAAAACAGGCCUGUGCAUAUAUGCCAUGUGGCAAGGAAGGAAGAGAUCAUGAUUAUCAAGGCUGCCAAGGAAAAAGGCUUGAAAGUCACCUGCGAAGUAUGUCCACAUCAUCUAUUUUUGUCCACCGAUGACAUAGGAAGAAUUGGAGUAUCAAAAAGCCAGGUUAGACCAGUGCUAGUGUCCCCCGAAGACCAGCAAGCCCUGUGGGACAACAUGCACAUCAUCGAUUGCUUCGCCACUGACCAUGCGCCGCACACGCUGGAAGAGAAGCUCAGCGACAAAGCGCCGCCAGGCUUCCCGGGCCUGGAGACCAUUCUGCCGCUGCUGCUCGACGCUGUCAACGAGGGCAGGCUGACGCUCGAGGACGUGGUCAACAAGUUCCACAGGAACCCGAAGAGGAUCUUCAAUUUGCCCGACCAGCCGAAUACCUACGUGGAGGUGGAUAUGGACGAGGAAUGGGUUAUACCCGAGGCGAUGGCUUAUAGUAAGGCUAGGUGGACGCCUUUUGCUGGAAAAAAAAUCAAGGGUUCAGUUCAUAGAGUGGUCCUUCGAGGUGAAGUGGCUUACGUCGAGGGGCAAGUUUUGGUUCAGCCAGGGUUCGGGCAGAACGUCAGAGAUUGGGACAGACGUACCUACAGCAUCACCGUGGAAUCCAGUAGGCCGUCUUCUUCUCUAGGUUUGGAGCGGCCGACUUCACCAUUCCAUCACUCUAAUGGCAACAUCGACAGCGACACCGACGGCCAAACCAACGAGAUCUUCUCCAAGCUUCUCACCGCCGAUGCCAAAGUCCACUUCGCGCACGAGCCGCACGCGCAUGCGCUGGACUCGCGCCUCUCCCCCCUACCACCUCGGGUGCGCACCGAGAGCCUCACGAUGGGGGAGCGCAGGGCGAAAGCGGACGCACAGGGUGUGGGGGACGGCGUUCAUCAUUCGACGGGGUUGCACGGCAAGCACGUGUUGGGGGUUGACAUGUUCACCAAGGACCAGCUGAACGACAUCUUCAAUUUGGCGCAGAGCUUUCGGGUGUAUGUUGGCAAGGAUAGGCCGUUGGAUCAUAUUUUGAAAGGAAAAAUCAUGGCGUCCGUAUUCUACGAGGUGAGCACGAGGACGAGCUGCAGCUUCGCGGCAGCCAUGCAGCGGCUGGGAGGCAAAGUCAUUUACAUGGACGAGACCAGCUCGUCGGUGAAAAAGGGGGAGACCCUAGAGGACUCGGUGGCAGUCAUGGCGGGGUAUGCAGACGUAGUGGUGUUGAGACAUCCGGCGCCCGGGUCUGUCCUAGUUGUAGCGGUUACUAGAAUGGACGUUCAGCAAUAUUGCAAAAGUGAAGUUUAUAAAUGUAACGUUCCAGCAAAGUCACAGCAGCAUGUAAUAUUGCUGCAACGCUACAUUAUCAAACAGUCUAGGCAAGGACACAAUUGCAAAGCGUCCCAUCAUUGUCGGAAACCUCUGAUAAAUGCAGGAGACGGAGUAGGAGAGCAUCCUAGUCAGGCCCUGUUGGAUAUCUUCACUAUCCGCGAAGAAAUCGGUACUGUUAACGGGCUGAAUAUAACUUUGGUCGGUGAUCUCAAAAACGGACGUACUGUACAUUCCCUGGCCAGACUACUGACACUUUAUAAUGUUCAAUUGAGGUACGUGAGCCCUCCCAGUUUAAAAAUGCCAAGUCAUGUGACUGAAUUCGUCAGAUCUAAAGGAAUACAACAGGAAGAAUAUAGUUCCAUGGAAGAUGUAUUGCCUGAUACAGAUGUUCUAUAUAUGACCAGGAUACAAAGGGAAAGAUUUGAUAGCCAGGAGGAAUAUGAUAGGGCUUGUGGGCAUUUUAUUGUGACCCCCAAACUGAUGACUAGAGCCAAGAGGAAAAUGGUAGUGUUGCAUCCCCUUCCUAGGGUGUUUGAGAUAAGUCCGGAAUUCGAUUCUGAUCCUCGUGCUGCAUAUUUCAGACAAGCAGAAUGUGGAAUGUAUGUUAGAAUGGCAUUGCUGGCGAUGGUUUUGGGAAAAUGUUGAGAUACAAAAUAUAUAAGAGGAAAUAGGUUCUUCAUUGUAUUCAUUCCCCUUUU